UUCAUUCGCUACCUUCCAUCACUUCUCUCUCUGCAACUCUCUCCCUCUUCCGAAACCCUAAUUCCUCCUUGUUCAAAGAAGCUUGAACGGCAAUGGCGGAGGCUGAGACGUUUGCGUUCCAGGCUGAGAUCAACCAGCUCCUCAGUCUCAUCAUCAACACCUUCUACAGCAACAAGGAGAUUUUCCUUCGUGAGCUCAUCAGCAAUGCCUCUGAUGCUUUGGACAAGAUACGGUUUGAAAGCCUUACAGACAAGAGCAAGCUUGAUGGUCAGCCAGAGUUGUUCAUCCACAUAAUUCCUGACAAGACUAACAAUUCGUUGACUCUCAUCGACAGUGGUAUCGGCAUGACCAAGGCUGACUUGGUGAACAACCUUGGUACUAUUGCAAGGUCUGGGACCAAGGAAUUCAUGGAAGCACUUGCUGCUGGUGCUGAUGUGAGCAUGAUUGGGCAGUUUGGUGUUGGGUUCUACUCUGCUUAUCUUGUAGCUGAUAAGGUUAUUGUUACCACAAAGCACAAUGAUGAUGAACAGUAUGUCUGGGAGUCCCAGGCUGGUGGCUCAUUCACUGUGACAAGAGAUACAACUGGUGAGAGUCUUGGCAGGGGAACUAAGAUAACCUUGUAUCUCAAGGAGGAUCAGCUUGAGUAUCUUGAGGAACGCCGUCUGAAGGACUUGAUUAAGAAGCACUCAGAAUUCAUCAGCUAUCCAAUUUCUCUUUGGAUUGAGAAAACCACUGAGAAGGAGAUUUCUGAUGAUGAGGACGAGGAAGAGAAGAAGGACGAGGAGGGCAAAGUUGAGGAUGUAGAUGAAGAAAAGGAGAAGGAAGAGAAGAAAAAGAAGAAGAUUAAGGAGGUAUCCCAUGAGUGGUCGUUGGUGAACAAACAGAAGCCAAUUUGGAUGAGGAAGCCUGAGGAGAUUACAAAAGAUGAGUAUGCUGCUUUCUACAAGAGUCUUACCAAUGAUUGGGAAGAGCAUCUGGCUGUUAAGCACUUCUCUGUUGAAGGUCAGCUGGAGUUUAAGGCUGUCCUCUUUGUACCCAAGAGAGCACCUUUUGAUCUCUUUGACACAAAGAAGAAGCCUAACAAUAUCAAACUGUAUGUCCGCCGUGUCUUCAUCAUGGACAACUGUGAGGAGUUGAUUCCUGAAUAUCUUUCUUUUGUUAAGGGUAUUGUGGAUUCUGAGGAUCUUCCGCUGAACAUUUCUAGAGAAAUGUUGCAGCAGAACAAGAUCCUUAAGGUCAUCAGGAAGAACUUAGUGAAGAAGUGCAUUGAGCUAUUCUUUGAAAUUGCUGAGAACAAGGAGGACUAUAACAAGUUCUAUGAGGCCUUCUCUAAGAACCUGAAACUAGGUAUUCAUGAGGAUACUCAGAACAAGACAAAGAUAGCUGAAUUGCUGAGGUACCACUCCAAUAAGAGUGGUGAUGAGCUCACCAGCCUCAAGGACUAUGUGACCAGGAUGAAGGAAGGACAAAGUGACAUCUACUACAUUACAGGUGAAAGCAAGAAAUCUGUUGAGAAUUCUCCCUUCCUGGAGAAGCUCAAGAAGAAGGGGUACGAGGUGCUUUACAUGGUUGAUGCCAUUGAUGAAUAUGCUGUUGGUCAGCUCAAGGAAUUUGAGGGAAAGAAGCUUGUCUCUGCUACUAAGGAAGGCCUGAAGCUUGAUGAGACUGAAGAUGAAAAGAAGAAGAAGGAAGAGCUCAAGGAGAAAUUUGACAAUCUCUGCAAGGUGAUGAAGGAUGUCUUGGGUGACAAGGUUGAGAAAGUUGUGGUAUCUGACCGUGUUGUAGACUCUCCUUGCUGUCUUGUGACUGGUGAAUAUGGGUGGACAGCCAACAUGGAAAGGAUCAUGAAAGCACAGGCAUUGAGGGACAGCAGCAUGGCUGGUUACAUGUCAAGCAAGAAGACCAUGGAGAUCAACCCCGAGAACCCAAUCAUGGAGGAGCUUAGGAAGCGUGCAGAUGCUGACAAGAAUGACAAAUCUGUGAAGGAUCUAGUUCUCUUGCUCUUUGAGACCGCUAUGCUAACCUCUGGGUUCAGCCUUGAUGAGCCCAACACUUUCGGUAACAGGAUUCACAGGAUGCUGAAGCUUGGUCUGAGCAUUGAUGAUGAUGCUGCUGAAGCAGAUGCUGACAUGCCUCCUUUGGAGGAUGUUGAUGCCGAUGCUGAGGGUAGCAAGAUGGAAGAGGUUGACUAAGUAUGACAUCACUGUUAGAAAUCCAUUAGAUUGAGAAACAGUCUUCUACUAUGUUUUGUUGCUGUUUAAUUUUGGAAUUUUGACGUUUUUGGUGCCAUUUCCUGGAUUUUGUGCAUCUACUUGCCUAUGUUGGAUUUUCGAGUCAGUUUUUUUGGCUUGAAUUGGCGUCUAAACGUGAAUGCUAGUAAGUUUGUUCAAUUCA